AUGUUAGGACAAAGUUUGGUGAUUGCAUGUGAAAAUAAUGAAGGAUUUUCAGAAUCCAGCAUAAUAAAAAUCAAUUAUGAUUGUCCAAUUUUUCAAGGAAUGAAUCCAUCAAUACCUCAAAAUCAAAACCAUCAACCUUUAUAUACAAGCAAUAAUGAUAAUUUACAAUCCAAUUUUUCUCAUCAACAACAACUACCUAAUACAUUUGACAAUUCACAAUCAUCAGCUAAUUCUAAUUUAUGUUUUCAACAAUCAUGCAAUAUCUUUGAUGAUCCACAAUAUAAUGUGUCUCAUCAACAAUUUUUUCCAAAUGUUAACUUAAAUUUUUCACAACAACCAUCCAACAACUUUGUUGAACCACAGUUUAAUGUUACUCAACCUUUAGAUUACAACUCAUUCUCUAGGCUCCAAAAUUACAAUACUUACAGUUAUAAUCCUUUAAAUCUAACUAAUAAUCAGUGA